AUGCAGGACACCGUCCAGAACAGUGAGUCUGGAGAAGAUCUGUCUGUCCAGGACCCAUUGAAUGAUCUCCUUCCCAAUGAUGAGGAGGAGCACAUUCAUACAAUGAAAGGAAUGCAGCUCCAAGACAAUAGUGCAGCUGGUCAGCAGGGCAACUAUGAGAUUAGUGCCCGCCGCAGAACCCUUCAUAACCUGGUGAAAGAGUACGCAGCUCAGGGCCGGUAUGCUGUGGCCGUGCCGCUCUGCAGAAAGGCUCUGGAGGAGCUGGAGAAAGACUAUGGACACGACCAUCCCAAAGUGGCCACCAUGCUCAACAUCCUGGCGCUCAUGUACAGAGAUCAGCAAAAAUAUAAAGAAGCUCAUCGCUUGCUGAAUGAUGUUCUCUCCAUCAGAGAAAAGACACUUGGGAAAGACCAUCCUGCUGUGGAAGCUACUCUCAAUAAUCUGGCUGUGCUGUACGGGAAACGAGGCCAGUAUAAGGAGGCUGAGCCAUUGUGUAGACGAGCGCUGGAGAUCCGAGAGAAGGUGUUGGGGAAAGAUCAUCCGGAUAUAGCGAAGCAGUUGAAUAAUCUGGCCCAGGUUUGUCAGGAUCAGGGCAAGUAUGAGGAGGUGGAAUGUUAUUACCGCAGAGCUCUGAAGAUCUAUGAAUGCAAACUCGGCCCAGAUGACCCCAAUGUGGCCGAAACCAAGAACAACCUGGCAUCCUGCACUUUCAAACAAGGCAAAUAUAAAGAAGCUGAGAUUCUUUACAAAGAGAUUCUGACCAGUGCUCAUGAGAAGGAGUUUGGAUUGGUGGACGCUGAAAACAAACCCAUCUGGAUGCACGCUGAGGAAAGAGAGGAGGUGAGCAAGGGGGAACUCAGUGACAACACGCUGUACGAAAAACAUGGAGGCGGGUACAAAGCCAGUAAAGUCAACAGUCCGAUCAUAAAUACGACACUGAAGAAUCUAGCCACUCUGUACCACAGACAGGGCAAGAUGAAGGCAGCAGACAUGCUGGAGGAAUGUGCCACAAGGUCCCACAAACGGGAUGGCAGCGGAGCACUGAAUUACAAAGGCCCAUUUGCGCGGCUCAAAGAUGAGUUGCUCAAGAGCAGUGAAAUGCAGAGGAAGAAACUACAGGACCGCAAACCCCCAGAGACGCACAACACCAAGUACAAGCAAACACAACAUACUGAUAGCAGCGGAGCACUGAAUUACAAAGGCCAAUUUGCGCGGCUCAAAGAUGAGUUGCUCAAGAGCAGUGAAAUGCAGAGGAAGAAACUACAGGACCGCAAACCCCCAGAGACGCACAACACCAAAGAAUGAAAGCAUGACGCCUCACUAAACAAGACAAGUGACAGAGUCUGAGAAGACAGUCGAGAUUUGAGCUCCAGCAAUGUGGAUCUGUACAACAGCAGUUAAAAUCUGUCUACACUAAAUUGCUCCACCCUUAACAAACUAGAACCUUCAUAUGAGACUUAUAAACUUAAAUAUGUUUGAAUUUUUUUUCAGCACCAUGUCAGAUUUUACUUUAAGCUUUUAGCCAUGCUGGUGUUGCAGUUGCUAUGCUGUUUUCAGGGAGUUUUUUUUACAUGCAUACAGUACAUGGCAUAGUUAAAAUCUACGGUGUCUUCUGUUUUAGCAUGCACUCUUUGAGUAUUUUUACAUUUGCAAAGAAGUCUUACUGUAUACAGGCUGAUGCUUAUUUGUAUUAGUUGGUUGAGUAAUUAUGUAAUUAGAAACUGUAAAAGACCCCAACCAUCAGACUUCUAAUGCCGAUCAAACUGCAUGCAUGAUCAAAUCAAUCAGUUGCUUUAAUAACUUUAUUAGCAUAGUGAAUUUGACACUCACCAAUAAAGCACAGUAAAUAAAACU